CAACUUUGAUGCUUCUGUCGGUGCUCUUGUGCGCCACCUUUCAUCUUUCAUUCUCCUUCAUAGAUGGACUAGUAGCAAAUGGAAACUUUGAGCUAGGUCCAAAGCCAUGGGCCCUAAACGGCUCGGUGGUAACUGGCGGCAGCCACGCCAUACCGGAGUGGGAGAUCUCCGGGUUCGUGGAGUACAUAAAGUCAGGUCAGAAACAGGGCGACAUGUUACUUGUUGUCCCGGAGGGAGCAUUUGCAGUGAGACUAGGAAACGAGGCUUCAAUUAAGCAAAGAAUUAAUGUGAUUAAGGGAAUGUAUUAUUCCAUAACAUUGAUGGUUGCACGCACGUGUGCACAAGAAGAGAGGCUCAACAUUUCAAUUGCUCCAGAUUUUGGUGUGAUUCCAAUUCAAACGUUGUACACAAGCAGUGGUUGGGAUCCCAUUGCUUAUAGCUUCAAAGCAGAGUCUAAUGUUGCUGAAUUGGUUAUUCAUAACCCUGGUGUUGAAGAGGAUCCUGCUUGUGGCCCACUUAUUGAUUCUGUUGCUCUUAGAACACUUUACCCUCCUAGACCUACUAACAAGAAUAUAUUGAAGAAUGGUGGAUUUGAAGAAGGACCAUAUGUAUUCCCAAACACAUCAUGGGGAGUGCUAAUCCCACCCAACAUUGAAGAUAGCCACUCGCCUUUACCGGCUUGGAUGGUCGAGUCCCUCAAGGCUGUGAGGUACAUCGACUCGGCCCACUUCUCCGUCCCCCAGGGGACGAGAGCCGUGGAGCUAGUAGCCGGUAAAGAGAGCGCGAUCGCGCAAGUGGCGCGAACCGUCCCGGGCAAAACAUAUGUGCUCUCAUUUGCAGUUGGAGAUGCAAGCAAUUCAUGUGAAGGGUCUAUGAUUGUUGAAGCAUAUGCUGGGAAAGACACCCUAAAAGUGCCUUAUGAGUCCAAAGGAAAAGGUGGGUUUAAAAGGGCAGCCCUAAAAUUUGUUGCUGUUAGCCCAAGAACAAGGGUCAUGUUCCUUAGCACUUUCUACACUAUGAGGAGUGAUGAUUUCUCUUCUCUUUGUGGGCCUGUUGUUGAUGAUGUUAAGUUGCUUAGUCUUCGUAGGCCAUGAAAAAUUAUAGUGUGUGAUGGGUUCGGUCCAUUAAGUUGUGAGGUUAAUUAAUGAAUCAAAAUAUCAUAUAUGGUUUUCUCGAGUCUUGGAUAUUUAUAUUUAUAUAUUGUUAGGAGAAUAUAUAUAUUAUUAUAUAAAAGUGUUUCUUUUUUUUUUCAAAGAAGAAUAUAAGAGAUGCAAGAGUUUUUAAGUUUGUUUUGCAAUUUUAUAUGAGAUGAGUGUGUAUAUCAAGGUGUGUAUGUUAGGUAUAUAUUAAAGGCUAUACCACAUAGUUGAGUAUUAUUCCUA